AACGCCGAGCGGGCGAUGGGCGGGGAUAAAUGUCUGCCUGGGCGCGGGGCCGCCAUUUUCUCUGAGGCGCGGAACGAGCGGCGCCGGGCGGGACCGGGGCGCGGGGGACCCGCCGGGGGCCCGGGACACAGAUGAUGUGCUUCAUCCUUUUGUCAUAGGACUUCAUUUGCUGAAAGGAAAACUAAAGGCUGCACCAAUGGAGCACAUCCAGGGAGCUUGGAAGACCAUCAGCAAUGGCUUUGGGCUGAAGGAUUCUGUCUUUGAUGGCCCCAACUGCAUCUCCCCCACCCUCGUGCAGCAGUUUGGGUACCAGCGCCGGGCGUCCGACGACGGCAAAAUCUCGGACACGUCCAAAACCAGCAACACCAUCCGUGUCUUCCUGCCCAACAAGCAGCGCACUGUGGUGAAUGUGAGGAAUGGGAUGACCCUGCAUGACUGUCUGAUGAAGGCUCUGAAGGUCAGGGGGCUGCAGCCGGAGUGCUGCGCCGUGUUUCGACUUCUUGCUGAACCGAAGGGGAAGAAAGUGCGUUUGGAUUGGAACACGGACGCCGCCUCCCUGAUUGGGGAGGAGCUGCGAGUCGACUUCCUCGACCAUGUCCCACUCACCACACACAAUUUUGCUCGGAAGACAUUUCUGAAGCUUGCCUUCUGUGACAUCUGCCAGAAGUUCCUGCUCAAUGGCUUCCGCUGUCAGACGUGUGGCUACAAAUUCCACGAGCACUGCAGCACCAAGGUGCCAACCAUGUGUGUGGACUGGAGCAACAUCAGGCAGCUCUUAUUGUUCCCAAAUUCAAAUAUCAGUGACAGUGGUGUCCCUGCACUACCUCCCUUGACAAUGAGACGGAUGCGGGAGUCUGUCUCCCGGAUACCUGUUAGCUCCCAGCACAGGUAUUCUACACCUCAUGCCUUCACUUUCAACCCAUCCAACCCUUCCUCUGAGGGCUCUCUGUCCCAAAGGCAGCGUUCCACCUCCACCCCCAACGUGCACAUGGUCAGCACCACCAUGCCCGUGGACAGCAGGAUCAUCGAGGAUGCAAUUCGAAGCCAUAGUGAAUCAGCCUCACCCUCUGCUCUGUCUGGAAGUCCUAACAAUAUGAGCCCAACUGGCUGGUCUCAGCCUAAAACCCCAGUCCCAGCCCAAAGAGAGAGAGCCCCUGGAUCUAACACACAAGAAAAGAACAAAAUUAGGCCUCGUGGACAGAGAGACUCCAGUUAUUACUGGGAAAUAGAAGCCAGUGAAGUGAUGCUCUCCACCAGGAUAGGCUCAGGCUCUUUUGGGACAGUUUACAAGGGCAAGUGGCACGGGGAUGUAGCAGUGAAGAUCCUAAAGGUUGUAGACCCAACCCCAGAACAGUUCCAGGCUUUCAGGAAUGAAGUGGCUGUCCUGAGGAAGACCCGGCACGUGAACAUCCUGCUCUUCAUGGGCUACAUGACCAAGGACAACCUGGCCAUUGUCACUCAGUGGUGUGAGGGCAGCAGCCUCUACAAACACCUGCACGUGCAGGAGACCAAGUUCCAGAUGUUCCAGCUGAUCGACAUCGCCCGCCAGACCGCGCAGGGCAUGGACUAUUUACAUGCAAAGAACAUCAUCCACAGAGACAUGAAAUCCAAUAAUAUAUUUCUUCAUGAAGGCCUCACAGUGAAAAUAGGAGACUUUGGUCUGGCAACUGUCAAAUCCAGGUGGAGUGGAUCCCAGCAGGUGGAGCAGCCCACGGGCUCCAUCCUGUGGAUGGCUCCCGAGGUGAUCCGGAUGCAGGACAGCAACCCCUUCAGCUUCCAGUCAGAUGUCUACUCCUAUGGAAUAGUGUUAUAUGAGCUGAUGACAGGAGAGCUGCCCUACUCCCACAUCAACAACAGAGAUCAGAUCAUUUUCAUGGUUGGCAGGGGCUAUGCUUCCCCAGACCUCAGCAAGCUGUACAAGAACUGCCCCAAGGCCAUGAAGAGGCUGGUAGCAGAUUGUUUGAAGAAAGUCAGGGAAGAACGACCUCUGUUCCCCCAGAUCCUGUCAUCCAUCGAGCUGCUGCAGCACUCUCUGCCCAAAAUCAACCGCAGCGCCUCGGAGCCGUCCCUGCACCGCGCCGCCCACACCGAGGACAUCAACUCGUGCACGCUGACCUCCACCAGGCUGCCCGUGUUCUGAGCUGCUCCUGCCCUGAGCUCCACCAGGCUGCCCGUGUUCUGAGCUGCUCCUGCCCUGAGCUCCACCAGGCUGCCCGUGUUCUGAGCUGCUCCUACCCUGACCUCCACCAGGCUGCCGUGUUCUGAGCUGCUCCUGCCCUGAGCUCCACCAGGCUGCCCGUGUUCUGAGCUGCUCCUGCCCUGAGCUCCACCAGGCUGCCGUGUUCUGAGCUGCUCCUGCCCUGAGCUCCACCAGGCUGCCCGUGUUCUGAGCUGCUCCUGCCCUGAGCUCCACCAGGCUGCCGUGUUCUGAGCUGCUCCUGCCCUGCUCCUGGCUGGAGCAGCAGGGGCAACUCGAGCUGUGCCUCCCAGCCUCGGUGCACAGGCUCCUCCCGCAGGACCCUCCACGUCCCAUCCUACCAAGCAGCUGCUCCGGAUUCGUGCAGUUCUCAGCCUGCAGGGACACAGCUCCUCAUUGCCUUUGCUACCAUCUCUUGUUCUGGGAGAGGUAACAGACUACAAAUCAAGAGAUCUAUUACUAUUUUUUUAAUAGAUGCACUUGAGCCUUAUCUUCCCCUUCCCAGAAGCGAUGGCUGUUUCUUUGGCAGUGGUUCUGGCAGGGUUUGCUCUGUGCUCAGUGAGGGGGCUCUGAGGACAGGUGACGUUCUGGUGCUCUGACUGCCCCAUGCCAAGUGUCACCUCACCCUGGGGAGUUGUGCCUGGAGUGGGAAGAGGAAAUAACUCUGGAAAUCAGCUCCUGCCUAAGAGCUUCACCAAGCCAAUGAAAUAAGUUCAAAUGCUAAUUCAACACAAAAUAGUUUUGCAAUAGUUUUGCACAUAGAAGAAAAACUCUUGCAAAAGGAUGGAAUCUGUUGUGAAUUGUCCUGCUCAGAGAAGGAAGUGAGCCAGUCCUGCUUUGGUCAUCUUGAGAAGCCUCCCAGCUGCCUUUGGUACUAUGGACCUGUUGCAGGCAGGGUGGGUGAGGAGUGCUGGGCUGGGCUGGCAGAGGGCUGGGGGUGUCCCCCCCGUCCUGCAGAGGGCUGGGGGUGUCCCCCCUGUCCUGCAGAGGGCUGGGGGUGUCCCCCCUGUCCUGCAGAGGGCUGGGGGUGUCCCCUGUCCUGCAGAGGCUGCAUCCCAGCAGGAGCUGUUAUCCAAGAGAUGCACUAGCAAGAGGAAACUGAGCAUAUACAGUUUUUCUUGUUGAUUUGGGUUUUAAUUUUGUUUUUAUUGCUCCUGAGAAAAUGCAUUUAUUGUAAGCCAAGGUUCCUCUGAUUAUCUUAUUUUAAUAAAAUAAAUUAAAUUUUA